GAAGACUAUAUAAACCCAUUUAAUGACAUAGCCUCACACGCUUUACCUCUAAUCCCAUCAGAAUUCCCUGCUGAAAGGCGUCUUCACCUUCACAGGGGUCGCCACAAAAAACGGCCAAGAUGUCUGAAAAAAAGAUGACAUCCAGCCGUAGGCACCAUCUGAAGAGUUUGCUGCUUCAGAUCGCUCAUGGGAUUUUGGAGGAAGAAGCAGCUGAGGCAGAACAAGAAAAAAAGAAAUACAUGCAGGAGAACUGCCCUGCUCUCUCACUGCUGGGAAACAUGCAGGAACUACAGGAACUGUGUAAGAAAUUGCACCAGCAGAUUGAUAUCGUUGAUGAACAAAGAUACGAUAUGGAGAGCAAAGUGGCUAAGUCAGACAAGGAGAUUGAUGAUCUGAAGAUAAAGGUUCAGGACCUGAAAGGUAAAUUCAAGAAGCCUGUUUUGAAGAAAGUGCGCAUGUCUGCUGAUGCUAUGCUGCAGGCACUGCUGGGCUCCAAACACAAGGUGUCCCUGGACCUGAGAGCCAACCUCAAACAAGUCAAGAAGGAGGUCAAGGAGGAGGAGAAGGAGUCUGUAGGUGAUUGGCGUAAGAACAUUGAGGAUAAGGCUGGUAUGGAUGGCAGGAAGAAGAUGUUCGAGUCUGAGGCCUAAGUCUCUUUCACUCCAACAUUUUUCCAUUUCCAUUUCAUGAAUUAUUGGGCUAGUUUGUCCUAAUGUUUAUAGUUUUCAAGGUUUUAAGAUAGAUUUAACAUGUGGUAAUAAUAUCUAUCAUGUGAAGUGAUGUUAGAGUGUUACAGAAGGUAUUUAUGAAUGGGGGUUUUUGGUGUAUGCGAGGGUUGGAUAAUUUGUUAAAGAUUAAUCUGAUUUGGGGUCUUAGCCAUUAGAACCUAAUAAAUUGACAGUAAAACCAAUUUUAAGACUUUAAAAGUAUUACGAGAGGAGUUUGCUGGAAAAAUAAAAUGCAAAUCAAAGAGUC